AUGCUGGUUUCCUUCGCGAUCCAGAUACUGCUAAGGAGGGACUCGAGCGGGUCGGGAGCGCUUCGGCACCGCGUCCCCGUGCCCGGGGUGACGGGGCUGGCUCGCGAGCAGCGCGGAAGCCCGACUCCCUCCUGCACCCCCGCCGGACCAGCCGGGCGGGAGCGGCGCCUGGGAGUCAGACUCUGCUCCCGAGCAGAGGGGCCGCUUUGCCGCGAGUCAAGGGGGCAGCCCCCCGCGGGCGCAGAGAGCGGCACCGCGCAGCGCUGGCUACUCGAGGGGGUUCCGCGGGGGGCGGCGCUGCGCUGCCCGGCGGGGCGACCCCGGGUAGGACCGGGCAGAACAGGGACCACCGGUGAUAGUUUCGCGGUGAACGCCUCUCUGGCUCGGAAAGGGCUGGAGGACUGGAUGUUGAAGCAGAAAUACUCCGGGGGCGGGGGCAGCAGCAGCAGCGGAGGCAGCAGCUCGGGACUCCACCAAGGCUUCCAGCACCGGGUUGUGUGCAGGCUCGCUAGCGCCAGGAUACCAGAGUCCGGACAACCAGAACCAGACUACCUUUACCCACCACGCAGGGCAACCCCUGCGACUAAUGUGGGAAACUCCCUCAACGCCGGCAUGAAGGUCCCAGAGACUCCCCAGAUCCAUGGGAAACACGGCAGAGGGUCCCUGUUCGGGCGCCAAAUUGUUACUAUAAAAGACGGCUGGGAGCCUGGUCAACACUCCCAGACUCAUGAUUUAUCUGGGGAAGGCUACAGAGACACUAUUGGUGAUGAACACUUUCAUCUAGAAGUGGCUUUGCCUCCAGAGAAGACAGAUGGAGUUUGCAGUGGAGAUGAAAAGAAAGUAGAAAAAGAAAGUGACACACAUACAUGUUCCAAGAAGCAGCUGAAAUUUGAAGAAUUGCAAUGUGAUGUGUCUGUAGAGGAAGAUAACAGGCAAGAAUGGACCUUCACACUGUAUGACUUUGAUAACAAUGGAAGAGUCACUCGCGAGGAUAUUACCAGCUUGCUUCACACCAUCUAUGAAGUAGUUGAUGCAUCAGUAAAUCAUUCUCCUAGUUCCAGCAAAACUCUGCGAGUGAAACUUACUGUGGCACCAGAUGGCAGCCAGAAGAAAAAGAGUAUCUUGUUAAAUCCUGCUGAUUUGCAGAGUGCCAAGCAUAGAGCUGAAAGCAAAGCUAAUGAAGAAGUAAGAUGCUCUGAGAAGAAGCAGCGGGCUUCUCUCAGAUAUCACCAGAGUGAGAACAAUCCAGAGCAAAGUAGGUGCUAUCGUCAUUGUGUUGAUGAGAACAUUGAAAGGAGAAACCACUAUUUGGAUCUUGCAGGAAUAGAAAACUACACAUCAAAGUUUGGGCCAGGAUCUCCUCCAGCAGCUCAAAAAGAUGACCCACCAAGCAGAGUUGUGAAUCAGACUAGAUCCCAUUCUCAUGAGCCUGAAACCUUCCAUGCUCACCAUAGGAAAUCUCAAGUGGUUGAUCCAAGCCACAUCAAUCUGGCUGAAAGUUCGUAUGCCAAGAUUGCAGAAAUCCAACCAAAGCUGCAGAACCAGGACUCCAACAACCACUUUGUGAGGUCUCCCAAGGGCCAGGGCAAAAACAUUGCCCCUGUGCAUCCUGGAAGGGCAGUUAGAAAUAAACCUUUUCAAGGGGCGCCCAUGCCAAUAGCUUCCUCAAGUGCAUGGGUGGGCCACAAUCUUCUUUACCUCCCCUUGCAAUCUCAACAGGUUCACAAGAAGCAUAAGCAGAGGGCAAAGGAGAAUCACCAAAUGUGCAAAACCUUCCAGUCUCCAGGGACAGUUGUGGAAAAGGAACAUGUGAGACACCUGCCCACAGUCAUUUUAUAUGAAGGCCAAGUUGGACAGAUGAUACAAAGACAUGAACACCACCACCACCAUGAGCACCACCACCACUACCAUCACUUCUACCAAACAUAGAAGAGAUCCCACCAACAUCCUCCAAGAAUCAUCCCGUAUGAAGGAAAUGUGUUCUUGUGAUACCAGAACUAAGGCAUUACUAUGAUUAAUAUUAUUGUUACUCCAUUAAUAUUCAGC